AUGGCUGCCCCUGCACAACUUAGAUCGUUAAUUAAAACUCGUGCAAUUAUCAAAGGGAAUGUAACGCGGUUAAUCGGGUACUUCAGCGAAAGCGCGGAGGUGGACAUCGAUGACAUAGAAACGCGUAAAACAAAACUAGAGGAAAGUUAUCAAGCCUUUUUGAAAACUCAGUUAGAAAUAGAGAUACUGGCCGAAGAAACACAGCUUGAUUCAGAUCAGGAAUUGGAAAGGUCUCGAUUUGAGGAGCACUAUUUUAAAUGCGCAAAGGUUAUAAAUCAACGGCUUCGCGCGCUGUCAGUUAAUCAGACAACCUCUGAACCAGGUACUCCGUCUUCACAUUCGGGUUCUACUAGGAAUUCAAAUAUCACUAUCAAUCACGGCAACACGUUAUUGCCUAAAAUCGAAAUCCGUCCGUUUGACGGCAAUCCCAUAGAUUGGUACAGCUUCCAUGACACGUUUCAGUCAUUAGUACAUAACGAUGUUAAUAUUCCUGCAGUACAGAAGUUUUAUUUGUUAAAAAAUUCUCUGCGCGGUAGUGUAGCCACAAUAAUUGAGCCACUGACUGCAUCAGAAGAAAAUUACAAGGUAGCUUGGGAGUUACUUAAACAGCGUUGUGAUAGGCCGCGUCAAAUAAUUCAGACACACAUAAGAGCGAUUCUAGAAUUGCCAGAAAUCUCCGCUGAAUAUACAAGCAUUAAAGGAGACCGCAUUAAUGCAUGUCAAUGCCCUAAAGGCGCUAAAAGAACCCGUGGAAAUGUGGAACUCCAUCUUAGCAUAUAUCAUCGUACGUAA